CGCGCGUGGUUGUGAUUCCUGAUUCGGAUUGGCCAUAACCCUGCGGGACUCGGUAGCGUGCACGUCGUCUGUGAGCUGUGAUUGGAUUAGAGGCCAGGUGCUGUAGUUCAUGGUGUCGGCUGCUCUGUCACCGUCAUAUAUAAAUACACUUUUACCGGACUGACGAGGUGGAUUUGCUGGUUCGAGAAGAAGAGCGGAACGGUGACCGUCACUGUCGCAGGGUUAACUUCAAACACAGGAUGCCUGGAUCAGCCCCGAUCAACUGCCUGGGACCAUGGCCCAAAGACGUGGGUAUCAUAGCCAUGGAACUCUACUUCCCGUCCCAGUAUGUGGACCAGGCCGAGCUGGAGCAGUUUGACGGUGUGCCAGCUGGUAAAUACACAGUUGGCCUGGGCCAAGCCCGUAUGGGCUUCUGCUCAGACUGCGAGGACAUCAACUCUUUGUGCCUGACGGUUGUCCAGAGGCUGAUGGAGCGGAACGGUCUGUCCUACGACAGCGUAGGACGGCUGGAGAUCGGCACGGAGACCAUCAUUGACAAGUCGAAGUCUGUCAAAACCGUCAUCAUGCAGUUGUUUGAGGACUCAGGCAACACAGAUGUGGAAGGGAUUGACACCACAAAUGCCUGCUAUGGCGGCACAGCUGCACUUUUCAAUGCUGUGAACUGGGUGGAGUCCAGCUCAUGGGACGGGCGCUAUGCCUUGGUGGUAGCAGGGGACAUUGCUGUCUACGCUACGGGAAGUGCCCGGCCUACAGGGGGUGCUGGUGCCGUGGCCAUGCUGGUUGGGCCUAAUGCACCUCUGGCCUUUGAACGAGGUCUACGAGGAACACACAUGCAGCAUGCCUAUGACUUCUAUAAGCCUGACCUGGUCUCUGAGUACCCUGUGGUGGAUGGCAAGCUGUCCAUAGAGUGCUACCUGAGUGCCUUGGACCGCUGCUACUCUGUGUAUCGCAACAAGAUCCAUGCACAGUGGCAAAGAGAGGGUUCAGAGAAGCGCUUCAGCCUAGACGACUUUGGCUAUCUCGUCUUCCACUCUCCAUACUGCAAGCUGGUGCAGAAGUCGUUGGCUAGACUUAUGCUGAAUGACUUUCUGAGCAAUCCCAACCCCAACACUGAGACAGGACCCUUCACAGGCCUGGACGCCUUCAGAGAUGUACGGCCUGAAGAGACUUAUUUUGACCGGGAUGUGGAAAAGGCCUUCAUGAAGGCCAGUGCAGAUCUGUUUGAGAAGAAGACCAAGUGCUCCCUGCUGAUCUCCAACCAGAAUGGAAACAUGUACACGCCCUCUGUCUAUGGCUGCCUGGCCUCACUCAUUGCACAACAGACAGCUUCACAGAUAGCAGGACAGAGGGUUGGAGUUUUCUCCUAUGGUUCAGGAUUUGCUGCUACUCUGUAUUCUCUUCGAGUCACACAGGACCACACACCCGGAUCUGCUCUGGACAAACUUGUGGCCAGCCUGAGUGACCUGCAGGUCAGGCUGGACUCCAGGACGAAGGUAUCACCUGCUGUCUUCUCAGAGAACAUGAAGCUGAGAGAGGAGACACACCACUUAGCCAGCUACAUCCCUCGAGGCUCAGUGAUGGAUCUGUUCCCAGGGACAUGGUACCUGACACGAGUGGAUGACAAACACCGCAGGGAAUAUGCCCGGAGACCUCUGGACAAUGACCUACCAGCAGAGCCAGACCUUGUCCGCUCCACCGCUGCCACCGAGCAUAUCCCCAGUCCAGCCAAGAAGAUGCCUCGCAUCCCGGCAGCUGCUGCUGUACCUGAGGCUGCCAUCAACCACUGAGCAUACUCAGCUUACCUCUGAGAGGUAUCAAGGUCCAACAGUUUGACAACUGUAAGAACUAUACAACAGUAUAGGUCAGAAGGCUAACAGAAGACGACCAUGUCGCCUCAUUAAGUGUUGAGUGGAGGCAUGUGGGCAGCUGUAGAACCUCCUCACCUGUACCUCUCCCAUCAUCACGCUGUUGGACUGUAAAUUCUGUAUUUGACCACAGAGUCUAUUUUGAUCACAAUUUCUUGUUUUAACAAUACUUUGUUUCAAAGUUAGCACUUUUUAAAUGUUUCCUUUUGCAUUCGUACAAAAUGGACAGUUGUAUAUUUGGGAGGAGCACAGGCGGACGUUUACAUGGAGUGCUGCUGAUAUCAAAUUUAACAAGCAGACUUCCUCCUGGCAGCUGGCAGCCAGUGACAGGAAGAGGAAAUUGACAUAAUUUGGCUUCAGACCUCCUGCUGAUUAGAAGAGCACAGGGAAGUGGGCCUCAACCGCCUCAACUGUGUUCAUGCAUGAAAAUAGUGCUGCUGCUGCCAUGGAGCUCGUACCCCACUCUGGUGUUUGUGUUCAAUACCUCUGUUUUUAUGGAUAGAUGUGGUCAGUUUUCUACUCUGCAGGUUUGUCAUGUGACCGCACACAUUGAAUGGAGUCUUAUUUUAAACUGAUGUAGCUAUGAUAAUGUAGUCACCAUCCACACAGAACAUGUCAGCCUUCUCAUACUUAGUGCUGAUCCUCAAAAAGAACACGUUAAACACCAGUGUCAUUUUAGUUUUUCACUUUUCUUUUUAUUGCCAUUAAAUGUCCAAACCCAGUGAAUGAUCUGACAUAGUGAGCUGCUGCUCUUCUGUCAGGCUGCUUCACUUUCCAAAGUAAUCCAGUCCACACAGAAGUGCUGCAGGAGAUGUACUGUGACAUGUUCACAUACUUUGUCAUACUUUGAAUUGUUUUUGUUGAUGAAAUAGAAUGAAUUAUUUGAUUAAUCAGAAAAUGUUUGAUAAGGCAUUCAUCAUUUAACCAAGUGAAUAUUCUCUAGUUUGAUCAUCUCACUGUGAAAACUUUUUUUGGAUUGUCGGUCAACAAACUAACUAACCUGAUUUGAAGUUGUCACGUUGGUCUUGGAGCUGGAUAUUUUGACAUUUUUUAAAAUGAUCACGGCCAAAUUCUUUCCAAACAACUCUGCAACACUAUGAGUAGUGUGUUUGAUUCAUUACUGCACUCACAUGUAUAGUGACAUGUUGAGAAACAUAAUGGAGAAAGGGGAAAAAUCCAAAAAAAUAAAUAAAACAAAAGGAACCAUAGAACCUCAUUGGUCUGCAUUAUCUAUAGAGAUUGACCAGUGAACUUUUAAACAAAGUGUAAAUAUGACUUGUGUCAUAUUAAAAGGCACCUGAGCGUCCUCAUCUGUGCUACAAAUCCAUUGUGACUUUGAGUUUUUACAGACACUAAAGUGAAUGCAGAUGAAAUGAUCGAUAGUUAAGGGACCUCAGGGUCCUGAGAAGCCCCAGCAAACCACUGAAGCAGCAGCAGUUUGAAGGUUUAAUGUGUUUAUUUUGUACAAGAAAUAUUACUGAAUUGGUAAUAUUGAACUGGGGAAAGUAUAUGAUAUCAGACAAUUCAUCUAGACUGUGUGAAAUCACAGUGAUUGUCUCUCAUUACACCACAGCCACACAUUCAUAUAAGCCAAUGUUCCAAUGAAACAAUGCUGUGACUGUGGAAUGCAGUGUUCAGUGUUCUCGUUUGUCCUUGUCAGUUUUAUUCAGUCAAAGUGUGACAUUGAUUCCUACUAAAGCCUUAAUGUAAAAGGGCUUUGUUUCAUGGAGUUCUAGAUCUGAAGAUUUAACAGUUUGUCUUUUGUCAGCACAUUCUUGUUGGCUGUUUUUUUUUUCAGUUGUUCCUUGUUCCUUUUAACAAUGAUAUGACAGUAGUGCUGUCAAAAAAAAAAAAAAUGUUGAAAGAGAGAGCUCAGGCAGAAAACAUCAGCCUUAACAUUGUGUGAGUGUGUUCAUGUUCCUGUUGGACAUCAGAGCAGUCAGGACAGUCGAUGUCAAGGUGACUAUGUUCUUGAGAAGCCUUACAAUAAACAUGUAUGACCUGUAAACAAACAAAUCUUUUCUUCUAAUACUGUACAGAUAUUCUUUUUAAUUGUACAGUCAGAAUUAGUUCCUCUGGAGUGGGACCUUGCUCACAGCAUUACAAACCACACUGGUGUGGUGUGUGUUUGUAGGGCCUGUUGCAGAGGUUACAUGAUCUUUGCCAAUGUUAUGGUAAUGUACAGUACAGACAGAAAGAUUAUUUAUGCUGUGUAGAUAUGAAUGAAUUUUAUCUAGACAGUUUGUUUAAACAUGUAGAUUCAUAAUAAAUGGAGACUCAACAUA